AUGACCGUUUGCUUAGCAGUAUCUGCAAAUGGUGGCUUGGUGUUUCACACGAUCUUUCUAGGAGGAAUGAAUCGUGAACGCUUUGCUGAUUUUCUUACACAGCAACGCCUCAAUCUGGAUCCUGACGAGGACGUUAUCUUCAUAUAUGACGGCGCACCAGCACAAAACAACCCACCUGUCCCUGCUCCCAAUACCGAGUUACGAAAACUACCUCGAUAUUGCCCAUUCUUAAACAUUGUGGAGCAAGCAAUAAGCUCCCUUAAAGCAGCAAUAAAAACUGACAUUUCCCGACCUGAAAUUCAGCGUUUGAUGGGUGAUAGAAACGUGCAAGAAAUCAACGACUACAGUUGGGAGCGUUUCGAACCCAUCUUCUCCUGGAUGCCCUACAGCGAAAUAUCGGAACAAUAA